AUGGCGCGCUUCCGAAAAUAUCAUGCAGUGACGGGUGAAUACGAAGCAUGUACAUGGACAAUGGCGAUAGAGAAGGGUUCUCGAGAGCGUUUUCUGAGCUUUGAGAUGGACAUGGAGUUAGGUUCCAAGUAUACCGCAAAGCCUACCACCACCUCACCAUCUUGCGACGAGUUUAUUAUUCGAGUCAGCUACGAAACCCUCGGCAACACAGCGUCGUUGCAGGUGGAAGAGGCAUUCGUGGCGUCAAACACACCCCCACGUCGCGAGGCAUCAAAGAAGUCGAUCCCGGAUUUUCAAAUCGCUGCUGCCGCAAUAUAG